AUGACAGCAUUCAGAAUAGGAAGCGUCACCCUAUCCAAAGUGUCAGAGAAUCGAGUCCGACAUCAUUUGAGGUCGGUGCGAGAAAACGAUUCCAUCAACCAGUUGUUUUUCUUUCACGUUGAAUUCACGGAUCGCAUUUUGGACGAUUGUCGCAAGUUGUUUGUACGAGAUGGCCGCCGAUUUGCUUCCAUCAAGGUGUUGUUCUGCAAAGGCAAAAUGUCCGAUAUAGUGACGCUCCUAAUGGAUUAUUCCAGCACACAAGCCUUGACGGUCUCCAAGUGUGAACCAUGGACCUUAAACACUUUGAAUGCUUGUCUCAGAACCAAUCAAUCCUUGAAGGCCCUUCGAAUAUCUUCGAGUGCCAUAAUUGGAGGCACUGACUGUUUCAAUGGCCUUACAGUAAACAACACGCUGCAAGAAUUGGACCUGUGUGGUUCUCACUUGGGGCCAUCUGCCAUUGAGUGCUUGUGCCAAACGUUGAUGCAAAAUACUGGAUUGCAAACCCUUAAAUUGGACGGCUGCGAUAUGGAAGACUCGGCCGUGGCGUCUGUCGUAAAGGCAGUAUUGCAACAUAAAACAUUGACGACGCUCGAUCUGUCCAACAAUGCCGUCUCGUCAAAAGCCUUGGAAAUGGUGGCGUGUUUAAUCCAACAAAAUCAACAACUAAAACAUCUCAGCAUUCAAUCGUUACGAUUUUCGGACGAACUGGAUCCAGCGAUCAUGUUUCAAGCCAUUGUGAAUUUGCAAAAUAACACCACGUUGGAAUCCUUGGACAUUUCGGAAAAUCGAUUGACCAAUGCUGCCAUUCAUGGACUCUGCGAAUGUCUCUCGAAAAAUCAAACCUUGCGACAUCUAGAUAUCAGUAAUGCUGGAGUGGAGGAGGAGGGAAUUGAAAUCUUGGCACGCAACCUUGGUCAAUUCAAGGGAAUUCAGGAAUUGAAUUUGUCAGAGAAUGACUUGACGGAAGAAGGUGCCCAAUCCUUAUUGAAUGGUCUGCAACAUAAUUAUAGCCUCGCAAGCUUGGGACCUAUCAUGGAACAACAUUUCAAGUGUUCCAGUGAUAUUGAACACUAUUUGGAUCUCAAUCUAGCCGGACGACGGGCCUUGCACAGUGAAAUCCCAUUGAGCAUCUGGCCAGAGUUGUUAGCAAAAACGUCAAUGAGGAAAAAUGACCUUGCUGGUAGUCGUGGACGAAACGAGAAUGCCUUGUUUUCUCUUCUUCAUGGUCCCGCCUUGUUUGAACGGUAG